UGGUUUUAGCCAAGACUUCAUAGUAGCUGAAUGGUAUUUCCAAAGGUUACCAUAAGAACAUGGUUUCAUCUCUGCUUGAACUCCUAAAAAAAAGGAAAUCAUUUAAUAAGAAGAAAAUGAUAAGAAAAAGAAUAAAGAUACAUCCAGUAGAAACUCUGGUUAAGAUCUCACCAAAAACCUGUCUGGACAAAGUAAAAAAGAGACUAUUUUCAGUUGCUGGAAAUAAUCAAAUAGUACCACUAUGCAGACAAGGAGAACAGCAUUCUAGGGCUGAUCUGAUCCCUGAUUUCAACUAUCCCAUAUCUCAGACAUGCAGCAAACAACAGUCCACUGCAAUGCACUUGCCCUAUGGACAUCAGAAUCCACUGGCUGUCGAUGACAAGGGAAUUCCAAAACAUUUGAUCCCCCUUGGUAAGUCCUACAAUAUGCCAGACUUCUCAUUAACAAGUUACUCUGACAGUAAAUCCUACAUGCAGUCACAAUCAAGAUGUGGACAAAUCUGGAAGACUUUUCAGACUGAUCAUCAUAUAGCAAAGGACCACCAGGCUGAUAUUCCUUUUUUAAAAGUACACAAAACUGCAGCUGUCCCUGGAAUCCCACAAGCCGACACCAUGGACAGAGAAAGAAUAGUUUUACCAUCAUCAUCACCAGUCUUUGGACCAUGGCAAAGUGGGAAAAAAGAGAAAAGAGAAUGUGAAAUUACUACCGUUAUACCUGCAUCAAAGCCUGACCCUGUGGCCAGAGUAAUUGCAGCUCUACAAUUAACACCACCAGACUUUGGACCAUGGCCAAGUGGAAAAAAUGAGGCUUUUUCAGAUUUUCCAAAUUUGGUACAGUGGACUCAGUAUUAUUCUUCAUACUUGGACUACCGCUGUGAUUAUCCAUUUCCAAAGAGACCAGCUGCACCACGAGAGACCAACUAAUGAACCAAAUUUCCACCAAGCUCUUUAUCAGAGAUAAGCUUUCAUCAGAGCUAGAAGAUUAGCCCACAAUUACAUCAGGGCUGAGGAUUGUUUCAGUGAUUUUAAUUAUUUGAGUCAUCAUGAAUACCUCAAAAUCUUUCUUCUAAAAUUUGACCUCCUGAAUAUGCCACAAACAAUCAAGUGAGGUGAAAACACAGAGCAAACUGCAAUACUACUAGGCCAUUUUCUACUAAAACUUCAUUAUUUAAAUAUUCUAAAAUCAUACAGACACAACCAAGCAAAAGAAAUAGUGUACCCUGAGAACACCAUGCAAUUUUUCUUACUAAAGCUUAGAGACCAAGGUUAUGAGUAUUUCUCAAUCAGAUACAGGCUAACUACCAAUAAGAAGAUAUAAAGCCCCUUGCCUACUGCAUGGAAUUCAUGUUUGUUCAGUUCCAGUGACUGCCAACAUGGUACCUAUACCUCACCUCCCUUUCUAGAGUUAUAGAUUAUCCCCAACAUGCUCUUAAGGUUUUUUCCUUUAAUUCCUUUUAAAAUUUUCAUACUAUGGCUAAUAAAAAAAAUAAACAUUUUAGA